CAUGCGUGUGUGAACUCCUCUCGUGUGUGUGUCAGGAAGGGUUCUCUGUGUGUGCACAGGGGUUGUGUGCUUUUCUAAGUGGAGCUGGAGUACAGCCGUUCAUCAGUGGAGCUGCAGACAGGGAGAUUCUCAGAUCUCUCUGCAUCGCUUUUUAACUCGCACGCCGGCUGCUUUUUGGACUUUUCUUUGUUUUUAGGACUCGCUGGACUUUUCGCACCAAAGUGGGACUCUGCCGCUGCUCUCUUUCUGCCCUCCAGGCACCAUUCCCAUCACUGGAAUUACUGGAAGUUUUCCCUCCACUGCUUUCUGAAAAUAACUUAAAUCUAUUGAUCAUUUUUUAUAAUUAUUUAUUACUUUCCUGUGCAUCCCCAUUGCAUUUAGACAUGCUCAAGCCGGAGAAUGGGUGCUUUGCAAGCACACAAGAGGAGCUCAGUGGGAGCAUGUAAGUGUGUGUACAGCUCUCUCUAUUCUGAUAGUCUAUAAUCAAGGAGGGUGUGUGUGGACAUGUUUGUUUUAUUUGGUAUCGCAAUGGAAACAUUAUUAGGUCAAACAGGAAAAAGCAGUCCAGUAACUAUGAAAAGCGUCAGCGCUGUCCGAGGCAUGUCGGGCUCAAGUGGACACUGAUCCCGACCUGGAAUGUUCUGAACCCUUUUGGAAUUUGGUUCCCCUGGAAACGGCUGGACAGGUAUCUGUGCCCACGUUUUGUCCUGUCUUGGAGGUGAGAGGUGAACUUUGUCGUCCUUCACAAGAGGAGCAGUGAAUCUACCAAGAGAGACUCUUCAGAAGCAAGGAGGGCGUUAUCGAGAUUACGCUGAAUAUUAAGAUCUUGAAAGGAAGCCAGGGAGCGACCACAAGCUCUGCUUAAACAAACACCGAGACAGAGAAUCUGUUUUGGGCUCAGAGAGCUGAGCUGAUACUGAGUCCUCGCCAAACAGGAACUAAGCCCAAACCAAGGCCGGUGGAUCAUAUAUACGGACAAAUAAACGAGUUUCCUUUUGUUCUAAAUCGGAAUCAGACUCUAACAAAAAAUAUUAAAACAAACAUUGAGCUUUAAUGUGAACAGGAAUCUAGGCUGAAUACCACAAUAAAGUCACUUCUCAUACUCAAACGUUAAGUUGACUUUGAAAAGGAAAGAUGAUGACCAUGAUGAUGAUGAUGGUGGCCAUGAUGGUCACCUCCAGCUGUCUUUUCCUGCUGGGACUGGCCACCGCCAAUGCUUCCUCGGGCACCAUGACCCGCACUUCCUCUGUAUCUACAUCCUCCUCUUCCUCCUCCUCACCCCGUAUGAAGCUCUCCUACAAAGAGUUGCAGCAGUUCCACGGCGUGCGGAGGUUCGAGCUGGAGCGUUCGUGCUGCUUCAGCGCUCUGCUGCUGGACGAAGAGAGAGGCCGCCUCUUCGUCGGGGCCAAGAACUUCCUGCUGUCGCUAUCGUUAGACAACAUCGUCAAGCAGGAGCACAAGAUCUACUGGCCCGCUCCCGUCGACUGGAGGGAGGAGUGCAACUGGGCCGGCAAGGAUAUCACUUCCGACUGUGUGAACUAUGUGAAGAUUGUGCACCACUUUAACCGCACUCACCUGUACGCCUGUGGAACCGGGGCCUUCCAUCCCACCUGUGCCUUCGUGGAGGUGGGACACAGGAUGGAGGACAAUGUGUUCAGGAUUGACCCCUCCAAGGUGGAGGACGGGAAAGGGAAGAGUCCGUAUGAUCCUCGCCACAAUGCUGUGUCUGUUCUCGUCGGUGAUGAGCUAUAUGCAGGCGUGGCCACAGACUUAAUGGGACGGGACUUCACCAUCUUUAGAAGUCUGGGGAAACGCCCCUCCAUCCGCACUGAACAGCAUGACUCACGCUGGCUAAAUGAACCAAAGUUUGUUGGUUCCUUUUGGGUACCAGAAAGUGAGAACCCUGAUGAUGACAAGGUAUUUUUCUUCUUCCGCGAGACGGCGGUUGAGGCCCAGGGGCUGGGGAAGUCCACAUACUCCCGCAUCGGACAGCUCUGUAGGAAUGACAUGGGUGGUCAGCGAAGUCUGGUGAACAAGUGGACGACAUUCCUCAAGACCCGUCUGAUCUGCUCGGUGCCAGGAGCCGACGGCAGCGACACAUACUUUGAUGAGCUGCGCGACGUGUUCCUGCUGCAGACGAGGGACAGAAAGAACCCUCUGGUCUACACAGUCUUCUCUACUUCCAGCAGUGUAUUUAAAGGCUCAGCUGUGUGUCUCUACUCCAUGAAUGACAUCCGGAGGGCCUUCCUGGGGCCCUUUGCUCACAAAGAGGGCCCCAACUACCAGUGGGUCCCCUUCCAGGGAAAAGUCCCCUAUCCACGCCCAGGAAUGUGUCCCAGCAAGACAUUUGGAAGUUUUGAGUCCACAAAGGGUUUCCCAGAUAAUGUGAUCCAGUUUGCGCGUCACCACCCUCUGAUGUACAACCCGGUCUACCCAAUGAGCAGACGGCCCGUCUUCGUCAGAACUAACGUAGACUACAGCUUCACACAGAUUGCUGUGGACAGAGUCAACGCUGCAGAUGGACAAUAUGAUGUCAUGUUUAUUGGCACAGACAAAGGGACGGUACUAAAGGUGAUCAAUGUCCCCAAAGAGAACUGGAACAACAUGGAGGAACUCCUACUGGAAGAGCUAGAGGUCUUCAAAGAUGCCUCGUCCAUCAUCAACAUGCAGAUCUCCUCAAAACGGCAACAGUUGUAUCUGGGCUCAGACACCGGCAUUGCCCAGGUUCCACUGCACCGCUGCAGUGUGUAUGGGAAGGCCUGCGCUGAGUGCUGCCUGGCCAGAGACCCAUACUGCGCCUGGGACGGAACAUCCUGUACUCGCUACCUGCCAAACACCAAGAGACGUUUCCGUCGCCAGGAUGUAAGGAACGGAGACCCCAACACCCUGUGCUCUGGAGACCACCAUAAGCACCGUGUUGCAGAGAGGAAGCUGUAUGGAGUUGAGGGAAGCAGCACUUUCUUGGAGUGUAUCCCUAAGUCCCUUCAGGCCAGAGUCACCUGGACCUUCCAGAAACAUCCACAGAACCCACGUGAAGAGGUUCGUCUAGAUGACCGCAUUCUCCAUACAGAUAGAGGCCUGCUGAUUCGUCGAGUCCUGAAGAGGGAUGUGGGCAUCUACCAAUGCCAUGCCAUGGAGCACGGCUUCACACAAACCUUACUAGGCAUCACCUUGGAAGUUGUACCUUCAACAUCCUCAGUCUCCAAUCUACCCUCCGAUGCCCCUGUCCGAUUAGAACCCCGCAGUGGAGGUGGGCCCCCGAUGACCAAUCAAAAGCUUUGGUAUCGGGACUUCAUGCAGCUGGUGGAUCACCCUAACCUGAGCACUGUUGACCAGAUUUGUGAGCAAGUUUGGGCACGAAAGAAUGCCGGCAGUGACCAAGGGGAUAAGACAGUUGCUGCUCUGGGGAAGGCUGCCCCUCCUCUGGUCCCUGCUGUCCGCCCAGCUAACAAGAAGUGGAAGCAUCUUCAGGAGAUAAGGAAGGGGAGAAACCGCCGGACCCACGAUGGGAAGCCGAAUCCUCGGGCGCCUCGCAGUGCCGGGAAAUAACAACGCCGAGAAAGACACAGGAUGAAAAGAAUGACUAAUACAAGAAAGAAAAGAGGAAAAUGAUAAAACGAGACGGAGAGACCAAGAACUCCUGGAGGUGUUAACACAUACAGACACAAACACACAGCACCUCCUCUAUUGUGCAUAUUUAUCCAUGGACGUGCCACUAUAGGGUACCCCGAUCUCUGAGCGCUUGUCUCACUGGCCAGCCCCUGCAUGUGCUGCCUUACAGCUCAAAAUGAUUCUGCACGAUCCCUUUACACUGAUCCACUAGCAUAGUUGAGGUUCCAUGCAGGAUACAUGGGAGUGAACCCACCUUUAUCCGCGGGCAAUAAACUUACACUCGCCUGCCACUGACUGUAUAUGGAAAGUGGGUCGGCGACACAGAAAUCCCACGUUUUGUUGUCUACUUCAUGCUAACUACACAAUGUUACAUGCGGACCGUGGCUCAUAGAAUGGACAUCUAAACUCUAAACUGCACUAUGCAGAACAAAAACAGCCCCCAAAGUGUUGGAUGAGAGUACUGCACAUUAUGGGAGGGAAUACAGAAACUGGAAUAUACUGGAAAGUAAUGGUCUCUAACUGGAAACACAUUUGAUUGCAACUAUUUAUGUGCAGCUGCAAAUGCAGUCAGACAAAUAAACACGUUAAAACAUUGUUAUGACACAAACAGAUAAACUGAUCAAUUUUCCGUGGUGUUCUUGUUGCACACAUUUCCAGUAACCACACGUUUCACAUGGGUUUGUGUGCAUAAUGCAGUCACAGAAGACGUAUAAAUGUCAGCAGUGUGGGGUAGCCUGUGGAACAGAUCAGCUUGUUGCAAAACAGGUUAUACUAUAGUAGUUUUAAAAUAAAAUACACAAUACAAUGCAAGUUGGUUAGAGAGCAGUUGAUGCUGGCAAGCUAUAAUGAUAUUGCUUUACUGGUCCAAACCACUAAAGAGGGGUGGAAAAACUACUGGCAUUCCACAAUGUGCAAGAAAGAUGAGAUGUUUACAGGAAUCAGGCAAAGUUGAAGCACCAAUAAUGAAUUCACAAAAGCAAAUAAAAGCCCAAACAAGACCUGGAUUACAUCUUUACAUCUUGUCGCAUUUUUUAACAUACACAAGAGCUUUGACAAGAUCAAAACCUCACCCUAAAAGGUGCUAUUUAUUGGUUUUGUUUUUGGCUGCGUUAAAUGUUUUGUGCAUUAAUAUAAAGGAUAAAUCAUGAACUUGGUGGUUGGGGGGGGGGGGACAUUGAUACAAUGAGGUGAUAGAGGGAAGUGGACACCAGUAAGACAACCCAUGUUUCUGGGCUACAGUACAGUAUAUAUAUACACACUAUAUAUAUAUAUAUAUAUAUUAGCAUGAUAUUUAUGAGUGAAACUAUGAUUUUGUUUCGUAUUCUAAACGGUACUUCUACCCCUUGCUCUUUUACACUGUUCUUGCAUAUUGUUUGUGAUAAAUAGAUAUAUGCAAGUAAUAUGAGAUAAGCCACCGGCCAACUCCUCAUUCAACACUACAAAAUGCACAGAAAGCUGUUCUGUGCUACCCACAAUGCAUUUCACUCUCCAUCAAAAACAAAAUGUUCAUCCGACUUAUUACACUGUUGGAAUCCCUUCUCAACGUAGUGUUACAGUCAUUAAUAUCAUUGCCUUUUGCUGCUUUAUAUCAUCUCUUCGUGAUGGACAAUUAGUACGAUAUGGUCUUCCUUCUCUCCAUCUUUAGUACAAUCUCUCUCUCUGUGUGUAUUAUCUGUAAAGAAAACUGUUUGUUGCUUGUCUGUGCUAACAUGUCGUGUGUAGCGUGCCUCCUUAGUGUCCAUUGUGUGUACAAGCUCAGGUGAAGAGCCUACCUAUGAUACCAUACUUUACUAUAUCAUAGUCUAUCCACAACUGGCCAUGUUAGAUAAAACAUGAAUUAGUGUUUUACAUUCAUGACUCAAUAUGAUUUUUACGACGAUUUUUUGGUCUAAUUUGUGUUUCUGACACAAAUUCUUCAGAAGUAUCGUGUCUUGAAAUGUUCAGUAUACUGAAAUUAAACGCGUCUGUGGUCAUUAUUUCACACAGUCCCUGACAGCAGCAGGCAGCACAAAAAAGGUCUACGAGUGGAUUUUAGAUGUAUGGAUUCAUUGUUGUUAUUUAUGUACCUUCUUCAUAGAGAUGUAAUUAACUCUUUAAACUGAACUGAUUGACUGACUCUUGUAAAAGGGACACUGCACUUUGACAACACAGCCAGGAUUUACUGCAAAGUGAUGGCAUGAAAAAAAUAAUCAAAACAAGUUAAACAUUUUAAUGUUUUCGGCAUUUCAAGUGUAGAACUAAUUGAGGUUAUUCUACUAAAUCACUAAAAGGAGAUUAUUACAAUGGUUGUGAUGUCAAAUAUGCGUGACUCUCUUUUAAGCCAGCUGUUUUGUGCUCUUUUGAAAUUGCAUGACCAAUGUUAGUGGCUAAAGCGGUGGCGAGAGAGCGAGAGAAAGAAAGCACAACGUUGAAUAUUAUUAUCAUUCCUUUGUAUUUAUGUGCAAAGAUAAACUGAUAUGUUGUGGUGGAUUUUUAUUUUUAUUAUAGAUUUACAUGUGUUUUUGUCUGCUGAUAGGGACUCAUCCUCAACAUUAUUUUGGGACUUUACAGCCAAUGGUAAAACAAAAAGAAAUCCUAAACAGUGUCCAAUUUAAGUCUUUGUUGUUCACACAGCCCUCCAAUCAACACUCCUGUUGUAUCCCAUGUCAUGUGACGCUCCCCCUGUACGCUAGGUCACAAGGAGAGGCUUGUGUGUGUGUAUGUGUGAGCGCAAGAGAGAAAUGUGUGCUUGUGGUUUUUAUGUGUGUGAGUUUUGGGGGAAAGCAGAGCUCUGUAUAUAAUGGCAAAGGGAACAGUGGUGUGUGUCUGUGUGUAGAGGUCUGAAGUUGAAAGUUCAAAGGUCCUAGGCCAAAGUUAACGUGGUGCACUGUAAUACUCCCAGAGGUCUUUGUGAAAUGUCAUGUCAGAUUGUUUUUGAUUAACACAAUAAAAAUAUGCAGUUACUUAACAAUGAAA